UGCUGUCUGCUGCUUGCUCUCUGACUUUUGACUUGGCCACCCCGAUCUCGCGUCCUCGCCAGAUUCGUCCACCCGUCGCGAGCGCACCGGCGGAGAGAUGGAGAACCUGCUCUCCUCCGCCGCGUCCCACGAGACGCUCCCGGAAAACUUCGUCUUCGCGCCCGACCAGCGCCCGCCGGCGUCCGCGGCCGACGUUGCGCUCCCUGUCAUCGACCUCGCCCGCCCCCGCGACGAGGUCCGCCGGGCAGUCCUUGAGGCCGGCAAGGAGCUCGGCUUCUUCCAGGUGGUCAACCACGGCGUGCCGGAGCAGGCGGUGCGGGACAUAGAGGCGUGCUGCGAGGAGUUCUUCCGCCUGCCGGCGGCGGACAAGGCGGCCUUCUACUCCGAGGACACGGACCGGCCCAACCGCCUCUUCUCCAGCACCACAUACGGCACCGGCGGCGAGCGGUACUGGCGCGACUGCCUCCGCCUCGCCUGCCGCUUCCCCGUCGACGCCGCCGCCAGGGUCGCGUGGCCCGACAAGCCCGCCCGCCUCAGGUCGGCGGUGGAGGCGUUCGUCGCGCCGGCGCGGGCCGUGGGGAUGGAGCUGCUGCGGCUGCUGUGCGAGGGCGUGGGGCUCCGCCCGGACUACUUCGAGGGGGAGCUCAGCGGCGGCGACGUGGUGGUGAACGUGAACCACUACCCGCCGUGCCCGGACCCGGAGCGGGCUCUCGGCCUGCCGCCGCACUGCGACCGCAACCUCAUCACGCUGCUCCUCCAGGGGGGCGUCCCGGGGCUCCAGGUCUCGUACCGCGGCGACUGGAUCCGCGUCCAGCCCGUGCCCGGCGCCUUCGUCGUCAACUUCGGCCACCAGCUCGAGAUCGCGACGAACGGGCUGCUGAGAAGCGUGGAGCACCGGGCGGCGCCCAACGCGGCGGUGCCGCGCACGUCGGUGGCGACGUUCAUCAUGCCCACCGAGGACUGCCUCGUCGCCCCCGCCGCGGAGCUCGUCGGCGCCUGCAACCCGCCGCGGUACCGCGCGGUCACGUUCCGCGAGUUCAUGCGCGUCUACAAGGCCGUCGGCGCGCGGAGGGAGAGCGUCGAGAAGGCCUUCAGGAUCUGAUGAUCUGGAUCUGCAUCUAUCCACCCCGGCGGUGCUCCGCACAUCUCCGUCGACCCGGCUGGUGAUGAUCCCGUCGAUCUAGCUGGCUGCCAACACAUUGUUGCUGUGCUACUGCCGAUGCCACUGUAACGCGAGAACGACGAAUAAUUGAUCGAUACGUGAAGAAAUGGGAUUCAGACUGCCUCCCCGUUCGUUUUCA